AUGAUCGUGAUAAAUAGCAUCGACUACUCGGCGGAUGGAUUAACGAUGAUAACAUCAAGCGACGAUGACUCCAUCUUCAUUUACAGCAUGCAGACUGGGACUCGAACCCGAAAUGUAAAUAGCAAAAAAUAUGGUGUUGAUCUCAUUCGAUUUUCGCACAACACAAGCAACGCUAUCCAUUGCUCUACUAAGGUUGACGAUACCAUUCGAUAUUUAUCCCUUCAUGACAACAAGUACAUCAGAUACUUUCCUGGACAUACGAAAAAUAUUAGACGUGUCUUAGCACUGAUUUUAAGAGUGAUGUGUCUAAGUAUGAAUCCCACUGAUGACACUUUCCUCUCCGAUACCAUUCGAUAUUUAUCCCUUCACGACAACAAGUACAUCAGAUACUUUCCUGGACAUACGAAAAAAGUGAUGUGCCUAAGUAUGAAUCCCACUGAUGACACUUUCCUCUCCGGGUCGUUAGAUAAAACUAUUCGUCUUUGGGAUUUGCGCUCUCAAAAUUGCCAGGGUUUGAUGCAAGUGAACGGGAAGGCAAUCGCAGCUUUUGAUCCAGAGGGAUUGAUUUUUGCUGCUGGUAUCAAUAAUGAGCAAGUGAAAUUGUAUGAUCUGAGGUCUUUCGACAAGGGGCCUUUCACAACGUUCAAAUUGGAGGCGGAACGUUCCUGUGAAUGGUCGGGUAUGACAUUUUCGCCAUGUGGCAAGUACAUCAUGAUCAAUACCAACGGAACUGUGAUUAGACAUACAGUUGAGACAAAACUCUCAUUCUCUUUCAUGGUUGCACAAAUUGCGAAUGCAGCAGUUGUUAAUUCUGAUCAGUGCGAACGAGAACGUAGGUAUUUACUACGUGUUUUGUUCUUUCACACACAUCUUGAAACUACUUUUCGCCAUACAUUGGUGUUUCUCGGUCAGGCAAAUGCACAAAAUUUGAUGGAAGAAGAGGUAAGCAACUCUAUGUCUGCUAUUCUAAAACGUACAGUGUUUUUUGCACAAAAUAAUGGAUUGGAAUUUGUACGCUUUUUAAUAAAAUGAAA